UAAAUCUAAAAAUGGCAUGCUAUAAAAGUGUAGUAAUAGUAUCUAACAAUAACCUCAAUUUCAUUUUUUUUUUCUGUGACGUUGACUAUUUACUGAUAAUGUGAUAUAUUAUUUUGUGCAGUUAAUAUGAGUCGCAAUUAUACUGUAAGGGAGGAAUCGCACAUUUUCUUCACCAAUUUUAUUUUCAAUGCUAAAUUUUCUCUCACUUUUUUUUGUAACCAAUGCUGAAGAUAAUUUAAUUUGUUAAAAAUCCUUGACAAGAGAAAAAAAAAAUUCUUUUGUCCUGUGACUUGCCCACUCUUCAAAAUCCUAAAUCGGGGAGGGGGAAUUUUUCUCCUAAGUACUACCAAAGAUCAAUUUCUUUCUUACCUUCGAUUUCGUAAUUCGGGGAGGAUGGGGGUUGACAUAUAUACAGAUUUUCCAUCAAUACAUGCAUACAUGUUUGCAGUUCUGUCUUUACCCUAACUACCACUAUAAUGAAAAUGGAAGAGAGCAGUCACCACAAUUUCUUUAAUUGCAUAUGUUAUAAACAAUGGAAUUAUUACCGUUGCCCCCCCCCCCCCCCCCGACAGAAGAAAAAAAGACCCUCCCCCCUCAUGACACGACAGUAAGACUAAAUAUUAGGUAAACUACAAUCUAGAUCUUUAAAUGACAUUAACUUCCUGAACUUUUCACUAUUUCACAAUCAUCGCCGUAUGACAGUACUUUAUUGAAUUUCAUACGUAAUUGCAAUGCAUUGAUGAUACAUGUAUAUUAUAUAGAAAAUGACUAUAGCUUUGGCAGAUUUAUUUCCGGUUUCCUUCACUGCGGAAUUUGACCUCACCUCUAACCUUUUAAUGGGUAAAAAAAAACAACACGUGGUGUAAAUUUAAAUAAGAUAACGUUAGUAGGGGUGUGUAGAAAGGACAUCAGAUAAGGAGUAUUCUCCUGUUGACGGUGAGUGUUUAAUUUAAUGAGUGUUUACUUUUCCCCCCUCUUAAUCUAGAUUAAACUCAAUCUUCAUAAUAAUCAACAUAAUUACCACCCAUUGGUACUUGUUGAAGUUGUUGAGCUGCAGAUAUAAAUAGCCAGCCGAAAAUAAUUAAAUGUGAGACUUGAAACUAGUAUACAGUGGCAGACUUUAAGCUUCAUUUUCAGAUGGAAAUUAAGGCAUUUCUACAAUAUGAAGUAGAUUUCUAAUAUAUAUACUUAAUCCUGUUCAAAAUAUAUACAAAGAGGCAGUGAUUUGAGCAUAGUCUAAAAAUAUUUUUAAAAACUUUGGAAUUUCCCAUUACUAAAUAUAGUAUUUUACACUGUCGAUGUUACCACGCUGCCCGUGACGGUAUAGAGGUUUUGAUGGAGAAACUUGAAAAUGAAUUGUACAUUGAUUUAGAAUCAAGAGACACAUUAAAUGUAUAUAAUGCUUGUACUUGCCUUGCUUUGACUUCAUGAGAGACAAUGUAUAAAUACAUGUACCUUAUUAAAAUAGAUAUCAAUGUCGGUGAGAAUUUUAUAAUUAUAAAUUCUUGUAAUUUCAAUUGUAUCAACUGUACACUGUCUACAUGCUCUUGGUUAAAUGAAUGAUUAAUGUAAUUUGUUGACAAAUAUACAAGGCAAUUACAUAAUGGCAAUCUGAUUAAAAUAAGGUUCUCCCUUUUUAUGGUGUAGCGACAACAUGAAAAUAAAGGAGCGGAUUGGGGACCUGAUUUUAAUCAGACUGACAUAAUGGCGUAUUCAAAAAUAAAGUAAAAUAGAAUGUUUAUUCUGAUUAAAAAGGAAAACAACUUUUGGGGUCUUCUAUUCUCCUUUUUCAUACAGGUUUAGCAAGUUUAUUUAAAGAGUUUCGCACCUAUGUUUGAAGUAUUGUCAAUUUUUGUGGAAGUGGAAAAAAUUUGAAUUAAAACACAUUAGUUUAACUGGAUAUAUGUAUAACGAGUUUGAAUUAAUUGGAUAAGUGUUGAACCAUUACCUACAUAUUUAUGUCAUUUUACGUACUUGUGCUGAAAAGCUAUGGAGUUAACUUUCUUGAUUAAAAUACUUUUUAUCCCAUGUAUCAUACGCAAAUUCAUUAAUUUUACAGAUUUAAAGAUAACAGUCUGCAAAAUUAGCUCCAAAUUAUUCUAAGAUUAAUUAAGAUCAGACAUUUUUCCAAUAUUAGAAAACUUACUGUUUUUCUGCACAGAAAGAAAACAGAAAAUAAACAUAGAAUUCCCACCGUCAAGUAAAACUGCACAGUAGCUUUAGCAAGGGUUUCCUGAAUAUAUACCAUAUAGGCUUACUGGUGUGGUACUGUAUAAUGAAUAUUAAAUAUAAUUACAUUUUAACAGAUAUUUCAACUUAUGAACCAUGCAUGUAUAAAAUGAUCAAAUUCGCUGAAAAGUACUAGAUGGAAAAAUUACAUUUGUAUGUGUAAAUACACUGUAGUUAUAUUUUUAUGUACUGUUAAAUAAUCAUAUAUGUUAUAUGCUCAAAGUGGCCCUGUUUUGGAAUCAAUAAAUACGUUAAUUGAUUAAUUGAUUUUAUAUUGUUUAACGUCCCUCUUGAGAAAUUUUCACUCAUAUGGAGAUAUCAGCAUUACCGGUGAAGGACUGCAAAAUUUAGGCCUAUGGUCGGCGUUUACGGCCUUUGAGUAGGGAAGAAUCCACCUGCUGUGACACGGGACCUCGUAUUUUGCGGUCUCAUCCGAUUUAUUCGCCUCUUGCGACAAGCAAGGGGUACUGAGGACAAGGGCUGCGUUCAAGAUCGUAGCGGCUAGCCUAAGGGCUAAGUAUAGUAUUGUAAAACUUAUACGGUACCAAUUUUGAUCCACCAGAUGCGCAUUUCGACAAAUAAUGUCUCUUCAGUGAUGCUCAUGCCGAAAUUUUGGAAAUUGGAAAUGACAAAAAACUUGUAAGAGCUAAAAGGAAAACUAGAGUGCCAAAUCACUGGAGCCAAAUUCGUCCAAGGAUCAGAGCUAUGCAUGAGGAAAAUAUCAUCCUUAAUUUUGAAAUGAAUUUCUAACUUUUAUCCCAGCAAUAGUAGCUGAUUUGUGGCAUUUUACAAUGUGUUGUUCUUUCGUUAUUUUGAAGGGGAAAGUGGCUAAUCUUAUCAUUUUGUCAUCUUUUCGUUAUUUUGAGACGAAAAGUUGCUAAAUAUAGUUUUGUUGUCUUUUCGCUCCGAAAUAACGCAAUAAAGUGUAAAUCAGCUACCAUACCUAGCCCCUAGGCUAGCCGCUACGAUCUUCGACGCAGGCCAGGUACUCCAACCCGAAUCCCUAUGGGAAAAUAAAUAGACACGAGAUAUGUGCUGUCAAAUUAACAUUUUCCUUUUACAACGCUUAAGUAGAGCAGGGAAAUUAGAUGUAGUAUGUUAUAAAAAUACGCUUGGAUUCAUCGUUCUACCAUAGAUCAAAGGAAUGUUGCGUUCACUAGUUUCUAAUACACGUGACGUCAUGAAAAGAUGCUCUGAACAUUGAUGGAUGUCAAACUUGCACAUAAAAGAUAAAUGUAUGGGUUUAAAAUGUCAUUUAAAUCCAAACGAGACGGUGUGUUGAAACUUUUGUUAAAUGUCUAGGUCAUGUAGGUUUUCCGUGAUUCCCCCAUGCAACUGGUUUUAUACUCGCUCCGUGUUUUGUGAAUACAUGUAUAACAAUAUCAAUAACUGAUAAUAGAAUUUUAUAAUCAUAACAAUUAAUCAAUAUAUUUUGCAAACAACUUUAGAAAUGACUGAAGAAUAUUUUUGAUUCAAAAGAAAAUUAAUAAUCUACAUGCAUUCCGAGAUCGAUACACAUGUAAACAAGUUUGAAGGGCUACAAAAUUGAGGUUAUGCUCAUCGCUUACCAAUAUUGAGCAGGGAGGUAUCAUUUACGUGCCACAUCUGCUUUGAGAGGGGGCCUCUGCUUUUGUGGUCUCAUCCGAAUACCAGAUACAUGUACCAGGUACUUGUUUAUUGCAGGAUUUACUUUACAAUUCAUUUUUAUUAUUUUGGAUAUAAUUGAGUGUACAAGAAUUACAACCAUCCAGAAAGUUAAAAUGAAUUACAGAUAUAUGAAGUUGUCAUUUUGUAAUUUUCGAAUUUGCAUCGCCCCAUUCACUGAACUCAAAUCUUAAAACCAUAAAAUUGCAGUUCCCAAGACGUGAACUUUCCUUCAUAACCCCACAAGAGUAUCUAAAUUGUAAAUAAUUUCCGUACCAAGAUAAAAAUGUGAGUUUGGGACUCUACCCUGAUCUGAGUGUUUCAUAAUCAUGUUGUAAAGAAACUGAAAUAUUCACUGUUGUGGAAUUAUAGAUGCAUACAACAAUAUCCGUCGAUUUCGUGGCUAACUCCACCCGUUACUUGUUCGCUAUUUCGCUUUGAUUUUUUUCUCCUACGUUGGUCUAAUCUUCUGACCUCUGUCUUUGGCAUUUCCGUUUUUUUCAUCAAUUGCAGUCAACUACAAUAAUGCCCUAGGUUGGGUCAACACACAAACUUGUACAAAAGGUUAUUAAUUAGCCAUGAAUUACAUGUACAGUUUUUACCUCUUACAUUUGGUAGAAUAAAGAAAAACUUCAGCUAUUUACCGACUGACCUUUUAGAAGCUGUUUUUGGUGUUCUUUAGAAUAGUUUGAGAAUUUGCUAUCUGGUGUCCUUGAGAAGAGUUUGAGAAUCUGUAUUUGUUUUCCGUGUCAAUUUGAAUGGUUUGAGAAUCAGCUAUUUAAUGCCCUUAAUUUAGAAUAUUUCUGACAGACAGAAACAAUACAGAUACCCUAUCACACCGGUAAUUGUAGUUCCAUAUAUUUAAAAGAAUAUUUUAUUCAUACGCGAUUUUUCCCAUUUCUUCUUCUUCCUUUGUCUUAAUUUUUCUUCUCCUGAUUAGAAAAUGUUGUAUAAUGUGUAGACAUAAACUAGUGUAUACAAAGGAACUAUUUUAUGUUGAUAGCUGAGGCUACUUCCUGAGGUGGACUCCGACUGUUUACACACAUGUGAAAAACGGGUGUUCCUAAAACGCGAAUCAGAAAAUGAAACGAAAGACGGAACGGAAAACGGAAAAUAUUGUAUGCAAUAAUGUUACGAGAAGGUCAGCAUUUUGCAAAAUAAAAAGUUUAAUCAUGAACAAGGGAAGCAGAAAUUACAGAGAGAGCGGGACGUCAUCCACAGAAUCCACCGUUUUGUAUACUUCAUACUAAUGCAUAUCUAUUUUAAAAUCAUUAACUUAUAAUGAAAAAUAUUGAUAAAGAUAAAAAACAAUAAAAAAAAUAAUCAUUCUGAAAAAGACUUGAAAUUUCAAAUUCUAUAUCCAAUGACUCAAAGCCCCCCCCCCCCCCCCCCCCCUCCCCGAAAACAACAUUGUAAAAAAUGAAAUAAUUUUUUUCAACAAUGUUCCCCAAACAUACCUUCUUAAAUCAAACUUGCUUUUAUUCGUAAUCUAGUUUUACACCUGGUAUAAUACAUGUAUGUAUUUAUGAUCACAUCAAAUUUUAAAGCGAACGGGUCCGGUUUGUAUAAAAGGUUUUCCUCAUUUUGAAUGAGUCUAUGUGAAAGUUCGCACAUUUAGUCUACCGAUAUCUUGUGGAUUAGUGUUGUUCCAAAAGACAUGCAGCGGAAAAGAAAGAUUGAAAUAGAACCAAUGAGAACUAAGGUGAAGUUUACGAUCCAUAGUAUGAGGAAUUAACAGAUAUGAAAUCCAUGCACAUGUAUCUAAAAGACUAACAGUCAAUUUAUGCUUGAAUGGAAUUAAAAUGUCGUCUCAUUAUUGAUCUAAAUAUUAAAUACAAGUAUUUAGUUUAGAUAUAAACUGCUAUAAGUCUUCCCUAUAUAGGAUUGGAGUGCUGCGGUCACAAGGUCUCUGUUAGUUAAAAAAAAAUGAUAUAUGAAACACAAGAUGUUUAAAUUGCUGACUUAAUAAGAUCACGAAUUGUCAUUGUUGCUUGAAUAUACAUUCCACUCUUGUGGUAAGUAUACACAUAUAUGGUAUUAUGUGUAAAUUUACAUGUGAAUGUUCGUUAAUGACGUUUAGCCACCGGGAGCAGGGGAUAUAAAUACGUGUGUUCUUUCCAUUCCCUACCCAUAGGUGUCGCUGUUCGCUAACACAUCUGUCAAUGCCGACAUUUCGAAGUUCUUGUAAAAUGGUUUGUAAAUUCUUAUACAAACGUAAUCAAUUUAUGAUGCAGAAUUUUAAGGUAAAAUUGCUUUACCGCUGAUGAACAAAUUCCCAAAAUUUUGAUUUUAAUCAUAACAAAGUAUUUUCUUCCGAUUUUUGGUGUUAUAUUAGCUACAUUAAUCAUUUUAAUUUUUAAAUUUUGUUCCGUUUUCCGUUCCCUUCCAUCUUCCGUUCAGUUUUCCGUUCCGCGUUUUAGCGACAUCCCUGGAAAAGGUAGUGUUGUUUGCAGGAAAUUCGGUUUUUUCGAAAAUGCCGCGGUGUUGUUUUCCUGGUGUCAUCAGACGAAACAGGUAACAUAGAGCAUUUCCGACUGUGUUAUUUGGCAUCAAUUCUGCAAACUCGUUUUUAGUGAUUUGCAUGCUUUUCCUCUAUAUAUAGUAUAGUAUAUAGUGAAAAUGAUUAUAUUACCGGUGUGAUCAAUACCUAAAGACCCCCCCCCCCCAAAUCCAGAGGAAUAUGUACAUAAAAAGAUCAACACAAAACUGGAGGUAAAUUGAGAUUGAUUUUUCAUCUUUUGAUUCCAUGAAAUUAGAACCAUUAUAGGAGAAUGGCUGAAAAGCCCUAUUGAUGCACCAUUUCGGCAUUUAGACUUUCAUAGGAAAAACCCAUACCUAAAAUUAGAUAUAUAUAUCCAAUUUGUUGUCCUAUUAUCCUAUAGCUGUACGGAAAAGAACGGACAUUGGAUAUAAGGGGUAUUCUGCUUUUGACGGUGAGCGCUUAUGGUUUUUUUCCUCUUAAUCUAGAUCAAACUCACUCUUGAUAAUCUACUUAAUUACCACCUAUUGGUACUUGUUGAAGUUGAUGACCUGCAGCUUUCAAUAUCCAGCCGAAAUUGUGGUAAAUAACUAAAUGUGAGACUUGAAACUAGUAUACAGUUUAUACAAGCUUCAUUUUCUGAAGGAAAUUAAGGCAUUUCUACAAAAUGAAGUAGAGUUCUAAGAUAUAUACUUCCUGUUCACAAUAUUUACAAAAAAGGCAGUGAUUUGAGCAUAGUCCAAAAAUAUAUUUUUAAAAAGUUUUUGGAAUUUCCCAUUACUAAAUAUAGUAUUUUACACUCUCAAUGUUUGCGUUGUAAUCACGCUGCCGCUGUGUGAAGUUCUUGAUGGAGAAACUUAAAUAUAAAUCGUACAUUCAUUUAAAAUCAAGAGAUAUUAAAUGCGUACAAUGCUAACUGCCUUGCGCCUUGCUUUGACUUCACGAUAUAUAAACAUAUAUCAAUGUCGGUGAGAAUUUUAUAAUUACGAUUUCUUGUAACUUAUAAAAUUGUAUCAACUGUACAUUGUCUAAAUGCUCUUGAUUUAUGUGUUUAGUUAACACACAUAAAACUUAAUUACAUAAUGGUAAAUGUAAUAUGAUUAAAAUAAGGUCCGCCCUUUUUAUGAUGUAGCGACAACAUGAAAAUAAAGGAGCGGAUCGAAGACGUGAUUUUACUCAGAUUGACAUACUGGCGUAUUCAUUGGAAAAAAAAUACAAUGUUUAUUCUGAUUAAAAGGAAACAACUUUUAGGGUUUUCUAUUCUCCUUUUUCAUACAGGUUUACCAAAUCUAUUUAAUAAAAGUUUCGCACCUAAGUUUGUGGUAUUGUCAAUUUUUGUAGAAGUGGAAAAAAUUUGAAUUAAACAAAUUAUUUUAACUGUAUGUAUGUAUAAUACUUUCGGAUUAAUUUAAUAAGUGUUGAACCACUACCUACACAGCUAUGCCAUUUUACGUACUAAAAAGCUGAGGAGCUAACUUUCUUAAUUAAAAUACUUUUUAUCCCAUGUAUCCUACGCAAAUUCACUAAUUUUACAGAUUUAAAGGAUUAGACUUACUGAUAACAGUGUGCAAAAUUAGCUCCACGUUAUUCUUAUUUUAAUUAAGAUCUGGCAUUUUUCCAAUAUUAGAAAACGUACUGUUUUUCUGCACAAAAAGAAAACAAGAAAUAAACAGAAUUCCCACCAUGAAGUAAAACUGCACAGUAGCUUUAGCAAGUGUUUCCUGAAUAUAUAUCAUAUAGACUUACUUGGUUGAUACUGUAUAAUGAAUAUCAAAUAUAAUUACAUUUUAACAAAUAUUUUAACUUAUGAACCAUGCAUGUAUAGAAUGAUCAAUUCACUAAAAAGUACUGAGAAUGUAACAAUCACAUUUGUAUGUGUAAAUACACUGUAGUUAUCUUUCUACGUACUGUUACAUAAUCGUGUAUGUUAUAUUCUCAAAGUGGCCCUGUUUUGGAAUCAAUAAAUAAAUUGAUUGUUUGAUUUUAUAUUAUUUCACGUCCGUCUUGAGAAAUUUUCACUCAUAUGGAGACAUCACCAUUACCGGUGAAGGACUGCAAAAUUUAGGCCGAUGGUCGGCGUUUACGGCCUUUGAGUAAGGAGUGAUCCACCUGCUGUGACACGGGACCUCGUAAGUUCGGUCUCAUCCGAAGGACCGCCCCAAGUAGUCGCUUCUUACGACAAGCAAGGGGUACUGAGGACAAGGGCUGCGUUCAAACCGCUACGGCUAGCCUAGGGUCUAGGUGGAGCCAUGGGUGACGUCCCAGGAUCCUCCACCGCUCCUUACUUCAAUCCCAGGAAAGCUACAGAGAAUUUCUCCCGCCUCUGUCAGCUCAUCAUGACUAUCUGUAGCGAUUUGUUCAGGGACAUCCUCAGUCGUUACAUCAAACCAGCUGACCUAAGGUUAGAGCUAGAUAACAACAUAACGAAGCUGGAGAAAAUCAUGAACGCUCAGCAGAAGGAACAUAUUUAUCCACCGUCUGGCACCACUACUCUCACCUCUAAAGACUUGGAUAUCUCUGUCUUGUACAUCCUUUUAAGGAACAUCUGCAAGAUUCCAAAACAUCAAAAUGGAUGGGGAAAUCCUCCACUGGAUACUGACACGCGUCUGGCGGCCUGUAUAGAGCGAAUCAGAAUUCAGAGAAACUUGAUUUCUGCACAUUCAACCAUUGGCGAAAUAGAAGAUUCCGUGUUUCAAGACCACUGGAACAAACUGAAGAACUCGAUUCUGGAAAUUGAGAAGCAGUUGAUAGGUGGUGAUAUGUAUCAACGAGGGAUAGACGAGUUGCUGUCGUGUGACCUUAAUCCUACUAGAGCGGAGAAGUAUAUGAAAGAAUUCAAACACAUUCAAGGGGAACUAUUGGUUAAAAGAGAACAAAUGGAAAGAUUUGAGAGUACCAUGAAAACAGCCCAGCGUCGUGUGGCUGUCAAACGAGCUCGCCUAGAUAAACAACAGGCUUCAACAACCAGCCAAAUAAAAGAUCUUCAGACAACAUUAUUGACAUCUUUGGAGGCUCGACUAGAUGAACAACAGGCUUCAACAACCAGCCAAAUAAAAGACACCUUUAAAGAUCUCGAGACGACGUUACUGACAAACAUACAAGCCAGAUUUGCUGCAUUGGAGGAAAAACAGCAAGGUGCAAAUCCUUUUGGCAGACCUGGUAGGGAAAUGCCAAAAAUUCCAGGCAUAGCCUCUCCACAGGAAUGGAGCCACCUACAGAUAUCCUCCCCUUUGUUUUCUGGAUCUCACUGGUCCAAACCAGAUGAAAGGGAAAGGGAGCUAGAAAAAGAAAAGGGAAAAGAGAAAGAAAGGGAAGUGUUGCUAGGACUCGCUAGAAGCAGUGAAGACAGGGAAAGAGAAAGGAGGCCCAGUGACAGAGAACGUCGGGGUAGUGUGGAUUUAGAUCAAUCCAAGGACAGGCCAUUUCAUGGUGGAGAUGUGCGACAUCCUCACACCAUCUCCCAUUCAAGGUCACGUUCAAGGUCACCACUAGUGGGAAGUAGACUUGACUCUGCCAGGUCUGAAGUUGUUCACAGUUUAAUACGCCGUUCUAUGCUCCGAGAGUACCGAAGAAAAAGUUUAAUUGACUUCAGGUUCGAAAGUCUCGAAAUGGCACUAGAGCGAGCACGAAUGCUGAAUUCUCUGCAGCCUCCAAGUGUGGGUCUUGAAAGAAUUCCCCCUUCUUCGAGUUUGUGGGGACCCCAAGAAAAAAAUUCAAUUUACUUACGAAAUUACGAAAAUCUCCAGAUUCAGAGAGAAAUGGAACAAGAGCAAGAACGAAUGCCGAAUCCUCUCCAGCCUCCAAAUGUGGGUCUUGAAAGAGUUCCCAAAGAUGAAAUUCUCCUGUAGGAAGAAAGGGCUAUUGGUACUUUGCGGAACGGAACGAAACGGAACGGAACCGAUUGUGGGGUACCCUAAGGGGGAAUCCACUGUAAAAAGAAGUUGGUUGUAAAAAUAAAAUACUGGACUUUAAACUUCUAGUUAUAUACAUAAUUGUGUCCACUGAUGCUGGCCUAUGAAAAGUAGAGAGUCGUAAAAGAGAAUGCCGGGCUUUUUUAAAUAUACAAUUGUGUUCAAUCAUCUGAGCUUUACUUCUGCGUUGAUAUCUGUAGUUAAUGUAUAAACUAUGUUUAAUUUUC